AUGAAUAGCGACGUUCGGGCAGUAUGCGUCUCCUCGCCGUUACGCGAUCUUUUGCUUCUCCGUCGCAGUCAACCGGGCCCGGCCAGACGACCGAAUUUCGGUGAACUCGCUCAUGGUGUGAUGCAUAUAUUUAUUGGUUGUUGGGGAUAUGCUAGAGAAUUUGAGUGUGCCGGAAAUAAGACACCAGAGCACAGAAGAGCUCAAUCUUCCGUAUAUGGUGACGGGCGAAUGACAAAUCACGACAGAAGCAGAACUCCGGAACACGCAGGGUGUCGAACCCCUGAGUUUAGUUCUGUGAAAACUCCGGAAUAUGGCGGCGGGAGUCAAACGUUUUACGGAUCGCGAACACCCGAAUUUCAACGAGCAAGAACCCCUGCGUAUGAAGAGCCAUCUGAUAACUAUGGAUAUGGUGGCCCACAUACACCUGAAGAUAGGAAUGAACAGUUGGAAUAUGGCGGAACACAAGCUUCAUCACAUUACGGAACUAGGACCCCCAACUAUGGUAGAUCAAGAACUCCUGGAUACGAAGAAUCACAAAUUACUCCAGCUGGCGGAAGAAAUGAUGGAUAUGGAAGAUCUCGAGAGCACGGCGGGACUGUAACGCCCGAGCACGGCGGACAAGUUUCUAGUGAACAUGGAGCUGUUCAAUGUAACGAGUUUGGUCAAUCAGAACGAUAUGGCGCAAAUAAAACGGGAAAGAGUAGUUCUGGUCCUAGUGCAUGUUCGAAAACAACAGUUCAAGAAAGAGAACGAGAACCAAUGACAUUGAAUGGACUCGCCAACAGUUCAGUGUUCAAGCUCGUUCAACUGUGA